AUGUCGAAUGUUGAAUGUACUCAACUAUACGAGAGGAUCAUUGAAGAUGUAAUUCAAGAGUCGAGGCAGGAUUUCGACGACUCCGGCAUCGAUGAGCAGACACUGAUGGAUCUUAGAAAUACUUGGAGAGCGAAAUUAAGUAAAUCUGGGGUGGGUAAGUUUACGUGGGAUCAACAGAGAGAGGAGGAGGAGGUGCAGGAGAAGGCAGCUGAAGCAGCAGCGUCCGCAGCUUCUGCAGCGGCAGCAACUGCCACAACAGCAACAACAGCAAACUCCGGAGUGGGAAUAACACAAGGAGGAGUGAAUAUAGGAGCUGUGGGAGGUACGACAGGCACGGCAUAUACAGGCAUGACUACCAGCACAUUCAGCGGGGGAGCAACGACAGGUACGUCCACAGGAUACAUGAAUUCGGCAGAAUUUGGAGAAACCGGACUGGCAUUACCGAAAUCAGAGCCCAGUACGGCAAAUAUAAUAUUACCUGGUGGAGGAUCGGCGCAGGAUUCCUUGGGGGGACCGCUUGGAGAAUUAGAAGGAAGAGGACCAAAACUUGAGCAGUCCGAUGGAGCGGCCGAUGGAUCCGAUGGACUCGAUGGCACCAAUGGAACCAGUGGAACCGAUCAGUCUUCGGGAUCGGAUGAUUCAGAUCUGGGAUCAGAUCUUGGUAUUGAUUCGGAUGAAAUUAACUCCGAUUUGGACGAUCCUGAAGACGAGGACGACAUCAACUCGGAUGAAGACAACGACGAUCCCGAAGCCAACAUCAUGUUGUGUCUUUAUGACCGUGUUCAGAGAGUGAGAAAUAGAUGGAAGUGUAAUUUAAAGGAUGGAAUUGCCAAUAUCGACGGAAGAGACUACGCUUUCCAAAAGGCUACGGGAGAUUCAGAGUGGUGA